UGCAUUUGAUUGCCAGCCUCAAACCCAAAAAUUACUCUGUCAACUGUCAAAUUGCAGUCUCAUGUCAAAAACAUUGAAAAUUUAACCAUUUCUACUUCAUCUUCAACCUUCAGAGUUAUGGCUUUAUAUAAACAGUUUCAGCGAUGCAUUUUACACAACAAAAACCCGUUAUGGAGCCCCCAGAGCCCCUUCCCAAAGACUUUCGCCAACAAAUCGGGCAAGAACGUCACAAAUUUACCCUCAAUGGACAAGCCAGUCGAGAACCUCCCAACCCCCAUCUACGCCUCCCUGCAAAAGGAGCACCAAACCACGCAAGUGACCACGCUCUCGAACGGGCUCAGGGUGGCCUCCGAGAACCGCUUCGGCGAGUUCUGCACCGUGGGGGUCGUCAUAGACUCAGGUUCAAGGUAUGAGGUGGCGUACCCGAGCGGCAUUUCCCAUUUCCUCGAAAAACUGGCCUUCAAUUCAACUUUGUAUUAUCCUGACAAGGACGAGAUGUUCAACAAGCUGGAAAAACACGGGGGCAUUUGUGACAGUCAGGCGUCGCGCGACACGAUGAUUUACGCGGCGUCCGCGUACACGAAGGGCUUAAACGACGUGAUCCAGCUCCUGGCCGAGGCGGCCUUGCGGCCCCAGAUCACCCCCGACGAGAUAGAUGGCGCCCGACAGGCGAUCAGUUUCGAGUUAGAAACGCUAAAUAUGCGCCCCGAGCAGGAAACCCUACUCAUGGACAUGAUACACGCGGCCGCCUACAGGGACAACACGUUGGGGCUCCCGAAGCUGUGCCCCAAGAAAAACGUCAAUAGAAUCGACAGGGAGCUGCUGUUCACCUACUUGAGCCAGCACUACACCCCCGAGCGCAUGGUGGUGGCCGGGGUGGGGGUGGAGCACAGUAAGCUGUGCGAAGCCGUGCAGAAGCACUUUGUCGAUAAAAAACCCAUAUGGGAGUCGGACCGCACCCUCUUCACGCCGCAUAAAAAUCUAGGGGUUGAUGACAGCAUAGCGCAGUACACGGGGGGGAUAGUGCAGGAAGAGUGUGAUAUACCCCAGUUCGCCUCAGCCGGGCUCCCCGUCCUCUCCCACGUGAUGGUGGGCCUCGAGGGCUGUUCGCACCAAGACCCCGACUUCAUCGCCAUCUGCGUCCUCAACAUGAUGCUAGGGGGCGGUGGGUCAUUCAGCGCCGGAGGGCCCGGCAAAGGCAUGUACACGCGCCUCUACACCAACGUACUGAACAGAUACCACUGGAUGUUCAGCGCCACCGCCUACAACCACGCCUAUGCCGACAGCGGCCUUUUGUGCAUUCACGCAAGUGCGCCCCCAAACCACGUCAAAGAAAUGGUCGAAGUGGUCGUCAAAGAGAUGGUCAACAUGGCGGGGGCGGUCAAUGGACAAGAACUAAGGAGAGCGAAAACGCAACUCCAGUCCAUGCUGCUGAUGAACUUGGAGUCGCGACCGGUGAUUUUUGAGGACAUUGGGCGGCAAGUGCUGGCGACCGGGCACCGGAAACGGCCGCAACAUUUCAUUACCGAAAUCGAAAAAAUCACUCGGGAUGAUAUUGUGGCCGUUGCGAAAAGACUGUUAAGUUCACAGCCGUCCGUGGCGGCCCGAGGGGACCUGCGCCGAAUGCCGGCCCUGGAAUUCAUCCAAGCUGGGCUCGUCAGCGACGGUAAAAUACAAAGUGGACGGAAGUUAUCAUUAUUUCGCUAAACAUUUUCGUAAAAAAUUGUCUCGUGUAAAUAUUUUUCGUUAAUUAAGGUGGUUAAAACAAUAGGCUGUUUUAUUUGAAUUGUUUUAUUUUUAAAAAUAUCUAGACUUAAAGACAAAAACAAUACAUAAAAUUGUACACGUUAUUUAUUAAAAACUUUCAGCUACAAACUCCGCAACGCUCCGGAAGGCCAAGAUCUCAUCUUUGAUUUUUUUUAGUUUUGCCAUGUAUUUCAGAUGGAUCUUGGACUUCGGAUUUUUGUACCGCACAGCCGAGGUAACCGCUUUAUCUAAGAUGUAAUGCAGCCACAAAAUGUUACUAAAUGGCUCAAAGUGCUGCCACAUGUUCCUGUAAAUAAAACAACAAAUCAGUAAAAAUAAACACUGACAAAGUCGUCUGUCUCA